UAAACCCCAUCGUCAAAAUUCAAAGCCCUACGGUACCCUCUUCCCCAUCGCCAAAAGCGCCAAAGUCUCAAAAAUCUCAAUUUAACAAUGAAUUCGUACAAACCCAGCAACCGUGACUCCAUUUUUCUUCAAUCUCUGAACCCACUACACCUUUACACAAACCUCUCUCAAACCCCAAAACCCCACGCUCAGGAAACCCCCAACAAUCAUAGGGCACAAAUACUCAAAGAAGAAACAAAGAUCGAGAGGGAGAUUAUAAAGGCCGUCACGGCUGGGAAGCUCGACUCCCUCCGGCCCAACUCGGGGCAGUCCGUACCCAUUGGCGAACACUACGUGUGCGUUUCGUCUCACGAGGAGCCUGACUCGGAUUGCAGAGUUUGGGAGUGGCACGGGCACGUGGUGUUUUACGACGAAGAGAAUGGGUUUGCGCAGGAGUACGUGUAUGGGAAUUACUUUGAGAGGACGAUGAGGAAGGUGUUUGGGGACGAGAGCGAUGAAGAAAGCGAGGAAAGGAGUCUAGGGUUGGGAGACUUGGUUGCCGCCAUGAGUUUGUCGGACUGGCCGCCUCCAUUUUCUAGGAAAAUGGGUGCUAAUUAUUGCAGGUUACUUCCUCCUGGACUCGGCCACAAAGUCGUAACCCAUUCGAUCUCAUGUUUGACAAGCUGCAUCCGAUCCCAUACGCAAUGUGGUGGCGGCUAUGAUACCCAAAUGAGACAAACCUCAGCCCGAACAGGAAGAAAUUUGCGGAGAAAUGUUCAGACGAGGAAGAAGAAAAUUAUGCAGAGCAGGUAAUAGGAGCUUCUACAUUACCCUGAAGAUCUAAAGAACUAUCCUUUUUUCUUUUCUUAUUUCUUUUUUAUUUUAUGUUGUUGCCAUUCAGUCUAUAGAUGUAGGUUAUUUCUUUCUACGAUCCUUUCUGCUGGGGAUCGGAAAGUUAGAAAUGUGCCGGUUACCACUAUAGUAGUAGAAGUUCAAAUUUAGAUGGUUUACUUGUCCAAACAGGCAAGAGUAAUGCUAUAAGGAGGAGUCCUCAUUGUGUCCUCCAAAAUGUUACGUAGCUUUUAAAAUCACCAUUAAAUUUGAGAUGAUUACUAUUAGAUUUUGAUCAAAUGGUGAUUUUAAAGCCAUAUGACAUUUAGGACACAAGGAAGACUCUAGUCCUCAUAGAUGAGAAUUACUCAACAGCCAAAGGAUAUUAUGCAGGCUAAUUUAUUGCUAAUUUCUACCAUUCAUUUAAA